AACAGCAGGAAGCUGUCACUCACCUCCAACUGCUGCUCCACGCGCCGCAUACAGGUGCCUCAGAAAUAAAGAAUGUCUUCACGUGUGCUCCACCAUGUCUUAUAUCGGUAAUUCAGCAGGAUCAUUUUUGGGUAAUGUUCCAAACAUUGUUUCAGGUUGGACAUCACCUGUAAAUGUACGCCCAGUAUUUCAACCCCCCUUUAAUAACAGCAGUAAUUGGGUAAGACCACAACCUCCCCACAGACCACAUCAUACUUCUACACAUCCAAACAACUGGAAUAAUGGCUGGAACAAUGGCUCAAACAAUGGCUGGAACAAUGGCUCUAACAAUGGCUGGAACAAUGGCUAUGGCAAUGGUCGUCCUAGUUUUAACAGCGGAUAUAGAUAUUAGUGUGCAAGCGUUAACAUAGCAAAGUCUGAAGCUGAACAUUGAACGAAUGAUUCCUGUCUAUAACCAUGAUCACAAAUUUGCAUUGUUCCUUAUCUGCAUACUAUACUUGCCUCCCAUUUUAAACAAAGCGAAUGACAAUGAAUUAAGCGCACUGCAUACUUUAAAGUAUUGAAAUAAAGCUUGUCUGA